AGGACUGUGAGGGCAAUAAUAGAAAGGGAGCGAAUGAGAGAGAAGAUGGAAGCAACUGGAGACCAAGAGUGUGUUGGAGGGCAGCAUACAGUAGCAUUUAGUUCCUGACGCGAGCAAAGAGAAGUACCAACAUAAAGUCCAGGUAGAUGAAAUUCGGAAUGGACUCUGUCUGAUCAAUAUGAUAUUGAGUCGGUCGGAAUUUGAAUGUUUGAAAACAGGGUUCACCUUGCAGGAGUAGAUACCUGCAAACAUCCUCUGAGUUUGAAUAGUUUUAAGCUGUACAUCCCCCGGACUCUGGAAGACAAUGAAGACAAAGCGCAAACUUAGUUCUUCGUAUGCAGACAUCCAUCAGACGUAUUUGAUGGUACACAAGCGAUCCUAAAGUCACCUUGAAUUGUGAAACGUUGCAAGCAAUCAGCCAGAGGAUGGGGAGACGAGCGGCUGACCUAACCACUACCGUACCAGUCCUGGGCGUCCCAGCCCUGGUUGGAGUGCGUAGCUGGAGGAAAACAGGAGGCGACACCACCGGAGGAGCGCAGCUGCAAACGUGGGGUCUUCAGAGCAGCAGCGUUGGCGUGCAAACAUCCCCGGGGAUAAGGAGAGCACCUUCAGAGCAGUGCGCACAGCUCAUGUAUAAACUGCACACGCAAUCAGCUCAUAGUGCCCGCACGACCAACAGCUACAUUACCAAGGAGUACAAAGAGAUACUACUGCUAACAAACAGUGGCAAGGCAAAGAGUGGGGACUUGAAAGGUAAAAAGGAAGUGUCUUUUCAAGAACUUGUAGAUGAGACCUCGGGGGAUGUUGCGUGCAAUCAGGAUCGUAAUUCCCGCACGCCUGGAACAAUCAGGGCCACCCCACAUUCUGCAAGGACUGCAACCAAAGUUUGUCCGGGGACAAAACCGACUGUCCGCUACGCUAACGGUAGUGUGGUUGAUUCAGAGGCAAUGGGUGGCAUCAGCAUUGAGAAUGGUGAAUCGAGCCCAACUCACGAAGGACGCCGAAAAAGAAUGCAGACGCAUUACACGGAAUCAAGAAAAAUGUUGCUGUUUUCUGCUCCCAAACAUUUUGGUGGAUCACAAAAAAUAUGCGACCAGUGUGGAGGCAGGCGAAGAGCAGGAGUGGAGAUUUUAGGGAAGAAAAUGCUUCCUCCGUCUGAUUGCCAAAGAGAGAAUCAAUUUCAUGCGGACCACGACGUGCUUCGCUUCAGCGAACGUCUUCAGUUGCCCCACAAUGAAACCGAUGUCCAACCAAGCAACCAUCAACUCCCUGAGAAUUCCCGUUCCAGUGAAAAAGAGACAAGCCCUCAACAAGGAUCACAUCUUCAAGAAACAUCAAGACAUGGAAAAAUACGACACCCUGCAUGUCCGGUCCAUUCAAUUAAAGGACGGUUUUUCGCGCACGGACAUUCCGUCGCCUCGACCGAUUCUCAGACCAUCCACACUAAUUCAGUCACUGUCACCGAAGCCACCAUUGAUACAAAAAAGGUUGAUACUGUCGACACUUUAACAAACAUACCUCUUGACACUAAAAUCCCCCAAAAAGGACUUGUCCCAUCCACUCCUCUUAUGGCCACAGCUACGAAAUCAAACCACCCGCACAUACAGACUCAUUCAAAUUUCCAUCAUAAUGCACUGCAAAAGGUGUGUGUAUCUGUGCAUGCCACGCAAGAAAACACCCCAUCUCAUUUGUACACAACAUCCAAAGGAAACGCAACAGGCACCAUCCCGAAAACUGUCCAAGCUUUCAAUACGACACUCAUGUCCACAAAACCUAACACAGCAUUUCCGCACCGUGAAAACAAACUCCAAAUAAAAAGAAAAGGCGACUCGCAAGUAUCACCGCCUAUCGGAUUAUCAGACCCCCAGAAAUCCGAAACGCAAGCCACGCCCAUAAAUCCAUCCCAUACAUCAGUCGCUCAAGCAAAAUUCAACUCAUACAGCAGCAUGGUGUUAACUUCCCCUGUCAACCCUAAUGUUAACUCAAAAGAAGCUACGAUUGCAUGUGGCACGCAUGAUCCGAAAACCCUGGAUGCAAAUAAACAACCCGUGUCCUCAAAUUCCGAAUUAACACAUUGUGGGAAGGCAACAUUUCAAAAUGAAUCUUGUGCAACGCUUGAUUCUACACUGGGGAUGUCAGCUCCCGUCUCCAUAACUACUAAUUAUGCUUUGUACAGAAACACAGCCCUGAGGAGCUCUUCAAAUAUUCACCCUUCAUCUACUUUAAAAGUCACCCAAACAAACUCUCGCGUGUCACAUAAUUCUUUGCUUAAAACAAGUAAUAUGUCACACGAACACAACCAAUCAAUUAAUCAUAACACAUUUCCCCGUCCUGACGAGCCUUGCCAAACACAAACAACUGACAUCACAUCCGAGCCCACUUCUGCACCUGCUGUCCCGAAUCAGAAAAACGUCUCAAAAACAGCUCAAGCAUUGCUCGGGGCGUCAAAUGUCUCGAAAAGCGAUCAUGUGUCAAUUGUGAGCCAAACCGUUCCAAACAGAACUGACAAUUCCAGCAAGUUGAAUAGUGAAUCGCAUCCUGGUGAAAAGCUAUCGAGCGGUGAUCUAAUCAAUGAUUUAAUCGGCAAUGGGUCAAAGCAACAUUCAGGAUGCGUAUCACAGGACGCAACCCCUCAAAGUAGCAUUUGCCCAAUUAAGUUCAACAGUUUGAGUCUGCGGGGUUGCAUAAAGGCAAAACAACAAACGGGUGAACAUUAUCAAGGAAGCACAGUAAUAGAACACAAGGGACAGUGUGUUACAUGCCCAACAGGAACAACAGCCCAGCAGAUGGAUUCAAAUACAGAAGAGUUUGCCUUGGGCGUCUCACCCAUGCAUGCAAACAGUCGGACUGACUCAAACGCAGAUAAACAGACGCAUCCAAAUUAUCCGACAGCCUCAAAAGGGAAACGUGAGCCCAUUAUCUCCACACUGCCAAACAGAAAUGCGCAUUCUGAUCUCAAGCACACGCGGAGUCUUGAGUCAAACAAAUCAGCAUUUCAACAAUCUCUCAAAGGGCCAAAGUUGUCUUUAAUUGCACCAGCGCUACGCUGCAGUGAGGGAGAACUUUGCACGCAUUGCAAUUCCGCAUCCCUCCGACGCCUGGGGUCCAGCGAGGCUGAGGCAAUCGUCAGCCGGGAUUCCAAACACGCCCCGAAGCGGGACACAGCGGACCUCAUCCUGGCCCAUUCCCACCCGAGUGAAGCAGCCCAGUUUCUGCUUUCUUCCCCUCAGUGCGGUAAAUCAGCAACCAUGCAACAUCGGCUUGAAAGUGUGGAGGCCAGUCUGGCAGCCAACAAGGACAGAAUCACGACUCUGCUGAACAUCAUCCAUGACCUGGAGGCCAACCACACUCCUGCCCCCGGUCAGCAGUACAACAAAACAGGACAGGACCUCAAAAACGGUUCCACUUGCCAAAAGACGGCUUGUAUUGUUUACAGCGUGGAGUAUGACUUCAGGCAACAGGAAAGGUGCUUCUUGGAGGUUCUUAAUCUACAUUUAACAAGAAGAAAUACUGCGAACCGUGUUUACCAAUCUCGCGCGCUGAACUUCAGUCUGCUCAGAAAAGCCGUGAAGAAUGUGAAGAAGUCAAAGAAGAAAAGCGAAAAGCUCUACAAAGUUCUGUUGAAGUGGCUGCCCAAGAAAAUGGCUUUUUUCACGGACACAAGACGUGCUAAUUGAAAGUGAAAUCAUCUUUGACCCUUUAUUCCUAUAAGAUGGAGUUUGUUUUUGAGUGUCAUGAUUUUCAUUUGCAUAUACAGUAUACUUUUGUUGAAAGCACAUAUUAAGUGUAUUUGAUUGACAGUCGACACCUAAGCGGGGCAUGGUUUCAGCACAUCCAGUGGACAUGCCCAUAGCGAUCGAGAGCAUGAACAAAAUUGCCUCAUUUUAUCGACUUGCCGCUGCCCGUUUGAGUCGCAGACGCGACUAAUGAGUCAUUUUGACGUCGGGGAACAACUGGCAGUGUUCCCCGGGGACGACGGAGGAAGGCAAAGACGGGCAGAUGGGGUUUACUGUCACUCCUCCUCCCAGGGUCAAGUGUCCUCUAGCGGGGGCUUUGGAGGAGCACUAAUCCACGAGAGAUGUGAGAGAUCAGCUUCUCUGGGAUGAAAAUGUGAUAUGACGGGCCAAAGAAAAAGAAGAGACACAAUGGGAGAAUUUUUCAGACGGAGAAAGUGAUCGCCUUGGGCCUUGGUGGUAGACUUUGAACUUGUUUAAUUUUAUGGGCCGGAAUGAAGAAUGCAAUCAGAGAUAUUUUCAUUCAUUCAUUUUAUUAUUGGGGCUCGUGUUUGUAUUGCUGCACCGUGCACUCGUUUGUUAUAUAUGGGUUAUCGGAGUAAAAUAUUCGAUUUUUGGGGUUGACCAUGUACAUUGCGCAUAGUUAGCUGGGAAAAGAUCCAACUCAUGAAUGGAUGGAUUUAUUAGAUGUGUUUGAUUAAAUUAAUACCUCAAUAAAUAGUCAAUAUUGAUAAAUUCAGCACCUUGUUUUAGAUUUCAUUUGAUUAUGCGCUGAGAAAAAAUGUGCGUGUGGAAUUUGUUCAACUUGAUUUCGUCAAGUGGCUGCACCAAAUAAAAUCAUCUGGAAUCAGAUGCAUUUUUUUUAAGUAGGCUAUACAUCGACUUAAAAAAAAUAUCUACAUUCAAGUGUUCGUCCACUCUUUCACCACAAUAGUAUAGAAUGUGCAAUAGGAUAGCAUACUGUAUAUGUGAAAACGCUUGGCCAGUUUGAGGAAUAAUGUCAGCACUUUCCAUCCUCUUUUUCA